AUGAAUGCUCAUCUUGAUUACCGUUGGAAUGGAGAUGUUGACGAAUGGGUGCUAGCAGUGGAACUUUGGAACCAAGGUUUCGUGUGUAGUACCAGUAAUGGUGUAGUGAGGACCUAUGAUUUCACUGGGGGUCCAAUGAAUCAAUUUACAGCCCAUGAGGGUUCAAUCAAUGCCAUUAAAUUUAUUGAUUCUAACUUGUUAUCCACUUGUUCUACCGAUGGGAUCAAGAUUUGGGACUUAAGGACCCAACAACAGGUCCAUGGGCUCACUAACGAUAAUAACACUUUCUUAUCGCUAGAUUACCGCCAAAAUAUACUCGCUGGUGGUACCGAAUUGAUGGGGACAGAUGCAGAAUUACACUUAUGGGACAUCAGAAACCCUCAGGCCCCCAUGAAAUCUUACGUAGACUCCCACCAUGAUGAUAUAACCGCCAUAAAGUUCCAUCCUACUCAAUCACAAUACCUUAUGUCGGGAUCUACUGAUGGAUACGUCAAUAUUUAUGAUCUUAAUGAAACCGAUGAGGACGAUUCCUUACACCAAGUGAUUAACUAUAACUCCGUUCAUAGCUGUAACUUCAUAAGUCCACAAAGAAUUGCCAUUCUUUCCCACAUGGAGACAUUAUCGUUCCAUUCGUUGAAUAACACCAAUUAUGAAACCAUUGAAGAAAAGGAAAUGAAUGAUUUGGGCGACGUUCGUAGUAAUUGGACAGACUGUGAAUAUGUCAUCGACUUAAACCCCCAAGGGUUUGUUAGUUUUGGAGCUAACUCAGCUAAUUCAUUGUCCUUAGUACCAUUUAAUGGGAAAUCAGAAACAUUUGAUCUCAGUAAGAGGAUCAAUUUCCCAGGAGCUCAUGGCGAAGAAGUGGUGAGAGAUAUGAAGGUUUGGGACGGUAAGGCAUUGACUUGUGGAGAGGAUGGAGUGGUGAAGUUAUGGAAAUUGCCAUAUGUUGUGGAGUUGAAUGAAGUAAGUGAAGAAAAGGAAAAAAAGGAGAAGAAACAUAAAGACAAAAAGGACAAGAAGCACAAAGACAAGAAGGAUAAGAAAGAUAGGAAAGAUAAGAAACACAAAGAUAAGAAGGAUAAGAAAGAUGACGUUAGAUUCAAGCCAUAUUAG